GCACGCAGCACUAACCGGCGGCGCAGACCUGGUGGCCCCUCUCCACCUCCCGCUCCCGCAGACCCGCGCCCAGGGCGGGCCCCGGCCCGAGCGCGCAGCCUAGCGGAGCCGAGCGGGGCGCGGCGGCGGCGGCGCGGGGGUGGGGCUGGAGGAGGAGAGGGAGGGAGCGAGCGGCCGGGAGGAGGAUCCGGGAAGUUCUGGAGUUAUUUGACAGCAGCCGGCGAAGCAACACAGGACGCCCAGGGCCGCUAGUGCGGAGGGUCGCUGGUGGAGUCCGGCGCCCAGAGCGCGGGGUGAGGACCGCGAGGCCGCUGCGCCCGGCUCCCAGCCGCCGUGCGGCGCGCGUCACCAUGCUGCUCCCGCAGCUCUGCUGGCUGCCCCUGCUCGCCGGGCUGCUCCCGCCGGCGCCCGCGCAGAAGUUCUCGGCGCUCACGUUUUUGCGAGUCGAUCAAGAUAAAGACAAGGACUGCAGCUUGGAUUGUGGGGGCUCUUCGCAGAAGCCCCUCUGCGCGUCGGAUGGCAGGACCUUCCUGUCUCGCUGCGAGUUCCAGCGCGCCAAAUGCAAAGACCCUCAGCUAGAAAUUGCUUAUCGAGGAAACUGCAGAGAUGUGUCCAGGUGUGUGGCCGAGAGGAAGUACACCCAGGAGCAGGCCCGCAAGGAGUUGCAGCAGGUGUUCAUCCCGGAAUGCAACGAUGACGGCACCUACAGCCAGGUGCAGUGUCACAGCUACACCGGAUACUGCUGGUGCGUCACGCCCAACGGGAGGCCCGUCAGCGGCACGGCUGUGGCCCACAAGACGCCCCGGUGCCCGGGUUCCAUAAAUGAAAAGGUACCCCAACGGGAAGGCACAGGAAAAACAGUCUCCUUGCAAAUCUUUUCCGUUCUGAAUUCAGAUGAUGCCACAGCUCCAGCGCUGGAGACUCAACCUCAAGGAGAUGAAGAAGGUGAGCCCGGGACAGAACAGGCUCCGGCUGGGGGAGGAGAUAUCGCAUCACGUUACCCCACGCUUUGGACUGAACAAGUUAAAAGUCGGCAGAACAAAACCAAUAAGAAUUCAGCGUCCUCCUGCGACCAGGAGCAGCAGUCGGCCCUGGAAGAGGCCAGGCAGCCCAAGAACGACAAUGUGGUGAUCCCUGAGUGCGCCCACGGCGGCCUUUACAAGCCAGUACAGUGUCACCCCUCCACCGGCUACUGCUGGUGCGUCCUGGUGGACACUGGACGCCCCAUCCCCGGCACAUCCACCAGGUACGAACAGCCGAAAUGCGAUAACACAGCCAGGGCUCACCCAACCAAAACAAGGGAUUUGUACAAGGGCCGCCAGCUCCAAGGUUGUCCUGGUGCCAAAAAGAAUGAGUUUCUGACGAGCAUUUUGGACGCGCUGUCCACCGACAUGGUCCACGCGGUCUCCGACCCCGCUUCCUCUGGCAGGCUUUCCGAACCCGACCCCAGCCACACACUGGAGGAGCGAGUGGUCCACUGGUACUUCAAACUCCUGGAUAAGAACUCCAGUGGGGACAUUGGCAAGAAGGAGAUUAAGCCCUUCAAGAGAUUUCUUCGGAAAAAGUCAAAACCCAAAAAAUGUGUGAAGAAGUUUGUCGAAUACUGUGACGUGAAUAACGACAAAUCCAUCUCCGUGCAAGAGCUGAUGGGCUGCCUCGGGGUGACGAAAGAAGAAGGUAAAGCAAACGCAAAGAAGCGCCCUACCCCUAGAGCUAAUGCUGAAAGCGCUUCUAAUAGACAGCCAAGGAAGCAAGGAUAGUGGCUCACACAUUCAAGGCAGUCCUAGACAUGUGGGAGACUCCCUCACCAAAAAGCAAUUAAAAAAAAAACAAAAAACAAAAAAACAAAAACACAUAGUAUUUGCACUUUGUACUUUAAAUGUAAAUUCACUUUGUAGAAAUGAGAUAUUUAAACAGACUGCUUUAAUCUGUGAAAUGGAAGGGCUUCAGAAAACUAAUCACAUACAAUGUAUGUGUCCUCUUUUGACCUUGGAAAUCAGCACUUGGUGGAGAUGUGUUUUGAAUGGCUUUCAACUUAAUUUCUGUAUCCUACACAUGUUGACAUAGUAGAAGUCUUAGCCACAGGCCCCGUGGUCCCAACCCUGUGCCUCUUCCUCCCCACCCAAGGGCAGUCACUCCUACUCACGCCACAUUCGCUUCCUUUGAGAUCCGCUGUGCCCGCAGCAUUUUUGAAUCUAUGUCGGAAGCUUCCGUAGAAGUUUGCCACCUGCUGCGGUCCUCAUCAUGCCGCUAACAAGUGCAUGGAUUUGUUUGUUUCUUGGGAUUUUGUGUUAGUGUGUUUUGUUUUGCUGUCCAGAGAUCUUGUUCACGCCAUGAGUCACGCAACCACUAAGCCAUCUGGUAACCAGUAGGAAAGCCAUCUCUCCUGGUAGGAAAGACCAUUUGUCCACCUAUCUUUGAUGUGCUGCUUUUCUUUUCCAAGCUUCUGUUUGAGCUUUGCCCUGGGCUCGGAUUAAUCACGCCGGAAAGUUUAGAGAAUUACCCCGGCUGUCCAGAGGCAGCGUAAACAGGCAGUAGAUUUAGUCCUAGUGUGACCACGUCUGUGCUUGUCUGCCCGGCUUCUUUUCUUACACAUGACCAUUACCCGUCCUACCCUGGUCCACUCUGGGGCCUACUGGAAGGUCAAACGAUCACCUGAACCAUUUUGGGAUAUCCUCCUUAGAGAAGGCUCAGCCUGCAUAAGCUGUGCGCUGGACGCUCAUCUUGGCGGCCAAGGACAAGUGCCUGCAGGCCCCAAGCUUCCUUCUCUCCUGAUGGCCUCAGGAAAUUUCGCCUGAGUGGUGCUUGUGAGAACAGGGUCAGGAGCCGAAUGCCCAUGCUGUGAGCAGCAGGACUGGCCUGUAGGCACACCCAGCGGGCACCAGCGAGCGUCCCCGGGCUCGAUGGAGCCAUUUGGAGGAUGGGCCGAGGGCUGUGUGGGCCAAGCAGUGAUGCUAUUUCAGCUCCAAAUAACCUUCAUGGCCCCAAAUUCCCUAACACACGUUGUGUAAAAUGAUCUCUGUGCAUAUGCAUGAAGAUAUUUUAUGAGGCUUCUUACUUAUUUAAACUGUGCAAAAGUAAAACCCGAAACCUUGGAGCCACAAAACCAGCUUAAGUGUGUGUCAUCAUUGUUUAAGAAGCAGCUAUGAUCCUAAAUUUAUUGGAUAAUCCUUUAUAUUUCUGAGCUUUGAAUUUAAUCAUUUUUCUUAGAUUCAAAUAAAAUAUAUGC